GCGAGGUUGCUUAUCAACAAGGAGAGAGAAUGAGAGGCAGAGAGAGAGUGAGAGUAGACAGCAACGGGGCACGCGGACGGUGGAUAGCAUGGACCUGGGAGCGUUCCAGAAAUCAAAGAACCGAGAGGGGCUGGUCGAUGGUCUCCAUAACAGAGGAACAUGGAAGUCGCAAGAUAUGUGGGGAUAUGAUAGAAGGGUGUAUAACCAAGCUACUGUAUUCUUCUUCACAAACUUCCCAGACGAUUGGAGCUAUGAAAGCAUGUGGCGUACGUUUCGGAAAUACGGAAGAGUCUUGGAUAUUUAUAGCCCAACGCCGAAAUCUAAAUCAGGAAGCAGAUUUGGCUUUGUAAGAUACCUAGAUGUGAAGAAUGAGGUGGAGCUGGAACGGCAACUGGAUCAAGUUAAAGUAGGGUCGUCCAAACUCUGGGUUAACAGACCAAGGUUCAGAAAAGAUGAAGAGAGAAACAGGGUCAUUACAAAGUCAGCCGGGAUGGAACAUGUCAAACCAACAAGAUCCUAUGCAGAGGUGGUGAAAGGGAAUCAUGGGUUGGAAGCUAAUCAAGUAAGACAACUACAGACAACCUUAGGAGCUAGAGUUAACCAAUAUAAGCAGCAAAAAUUAAACUCAUCCAAACCAUCAUCACAAGUUUGGAUAAUGAAAAACAAUGACCGUGCAAGUGCUGGAUUGGAGUUUGUAGUGAAGGAGAAGGAACUCCUAUGGCUGGAGGGGUGUUACAUCGGAACAGCUUAUUCAGGGGGCGACAAAGAUGAGAUCGAGGAUUUGGUCGAGACAACACCGGAAUGGCUGGGGCAGUGGUUUGAGGAGAUAAAACCGUGGUCCCCAACGAUGGUAGCUAGAGAAAGAUUUGUGCGGUUUUUUGAUGCAUGGUUGGAAUUCCCUGAAUUUAAAGAAAUGGUAGGCGACACCUGGAAGUCGACAGUAGUUAAUGGAUGGAAUGGGUAUUGCUUGAAGGAGAAAUUGAAAGAAACAAAGAAGGUGUUGAAAGUUUGGAGUAAGAAUAGGGUCUUGGAGAUUGAUGUGGGUAUACAAAGAAGCAUCGAUUCUAUUGUUGCCAUUGAUAAGAAAGGGGAAGUGCUGCCAUUAUCUCCUGAGGAUAUUGUGAUUAGAAGGACUAACUUCCUGGAUUUAUGGAAAAAUCAAAGGAUUAAGGAAAUCAUGUGGCGUCAAAAUGCUAGAAAGACUUGGAUCAGUGAGGGGGAUGCCAAUUCAAAAUUCUUUCAUAAUUGUGUGAAAGGGAGAAGAAGGAAGAAUGAUAUAGUAAGUAUCAUGGCGGGCAAUGAGCGAUUAGAAGAGGUCAACAAAAUGAAAAAAGGUGUAGCUAACCACUUUGAGGCCUUGUUUAAAGAAGAAGCUUGGCAGCGCCCAGUCCUAGAUGGGAUUGAAUUUAAGAAGAUAUCAGAAGAGGAGAGGGCAAUGUUGGAGGUACCAUUCAAUGAGGAAGAGGUUAAGCAAGCCGUGUGGAAUUGUGAGAGUGCAAAGGCGCCAGGCCCUAAUGGAUUCAAUUUCAAAUUUAUUAAGGAAAUGUGGGAGGUACUUAAGGAUGACACAAUGGGAUUUGUAACCGACUUUCACAAGCAUGGUAAACUGGUUAGAGGGAUAAACAACUCCUUCAUAGUACUAGUUCCUAAAUUUAGCAACCCACAAAAAAUUGAAGAAUUCAAACCAAUCUCUCUGGUUGGAGUCAUGUACAAGGUUAUUGCAAAAUUGCUAGCAUGCAGGCUGUCUUCUGUUCUAAAAGGGAUUAUCAGAGAGAAUUAAAUGGCUUUUGUUAGGGGAAAACAACUAGCUGACAGUGUGGUUAUUGCAAAUGAGACUACUGAUGAUGCUUAGAAAAGAAAAAAGGCAAGGUUUGUGUUUAAAAUCGACUUUGAAAAGGCUUAUGAUAAGGUCUACUGGGAGUUUUUGGAUUAUAUGAUGUUGAGAUUGGGUUUGGCAAAAAAUGGAAAGGAUGGAU